AUGCCAGGCUUCUCCUUGGGUGGCGAGGGGAGCAAUGCUGGUGGUGCGUCGGGUUCGCACCAGAAGCGGGUCGAAGGUGGGGGUGAUUCGCAACAGCGUCAUGAAUCCGCCGCACUUCCAGGCGGCGGGUCUUCAGUCAGGCCACGUGGUGCCCUAUUUGGGAGCGGAGGCGGGAGUCGGAGUGGUACACAUGCGAAGGCCGGAGGAGACGGCUCAUCCCAGAACGGCGAAAACACUGGCGAAGGAAGCGGGAAAGGGAAAGGGAAAGGGAGGAAAGGGAAGCAACGUGGUGCUUCGACCGCGUCGGGCUCAGUUGCCACACCGGCCACACCUCCGACUGGCAAGCGCCAGCGGCAUGGGAAGGCCAAGAGGACAGGGGCGUAA